CUCGGGGGCUUAUAUUGUACACGCCCGGGGUGGGGGCGAACAGACAGAAGAGGCAAAAAAAGAGGACGUGUGCGGAGAAAUCGAGGGAAAGGUGUGUGCCCACCAUGACGGAAAGGUGCAGUUUGUGGAGCGCCUUGUCGGCCGCAGCGUGCUGCUUCUACCGGGGAUCUUUCAUGCAGGUGCAGUUCUCCAAAGAUAAAUACCUGCUGGAGUCUCCUCCCGAGAAACUACGGAAAGAGCUGGAAGAGGAGCUGAAACUGAGUCCGACUGACAUCAGGAGCCAUGGCUGGUACCAUGGACAUAUACCCAGAGAGGUGUCAGAGACUCUGGUGCAGCAUCACGGAGACUUCCUGGUGCGUGACUCCCUGAUCAAUAUGAGCGAUUACGUACUGACCUGUCGAUGGGAUAACGAGGUGUUGCACUUUAAGAUCAGCAAAGUCUUGGUCAAAUCCAGUGACAGCAAGGUUCAAUACGUACUGGAGUCGGAGAGCUUCGACUCCGUCCAGGAGCUGGUACGCUACUACGCCAGUCAGCGCAAACCCAUCUCGCAAUCCAGCGGAGUCCACAUCUACUGUCCGGUGAGCCGGACCCUCCCUUUGCGCUACUUGGAGGCCACCUUCGCUCUAUCUGGCGGCAAGCACGGCUGCGCCUAUUCUCCAUCCAAUCAGAGGGGAGCGUACAUCAAAAGACGGAGCGUUACCAUGAUGGACGGGCUCACCACAGAGAAGAUGAUGCCUCACAGUGACUCAGACAGCCCCAGUCCAGUUGAGGCACCACCGGAACCACAGCUGCAACCUAUGCCCAAAUGCAGCCCUUCCACCAUCCACAACCACAAAGACGCAAUGAGGAACUGUGCGAUGAGCAUGGACCAGAUUCAGGAAUACCGCUGCCCCUUGUCACCUGUCGGAGAGACACCCAUGUCUCCUGCUUACUGUGCAAUCACUAGACAGAGAACCCACUCAGGUGGGCGAGUCCUAGCUGUGGUGCCCCCUUCCCCUGUCACACGACGUUCCAGUGACCCGCAACUCAGCCCCACUUCUGGCAACAACCCCCCGGAACAUCCGGCUCACGGUUCUCACUCGGCUCACUCCUCUCCCGCGCAUCGCCCGGCUUUCCAUUCGCACCCUUCCGAAAAUGCGGGCAGCUACUGCGACCUCAGACCUUACCCGGCCGGACCCCCGAAACCUCCCGGCAAGAGCCACGUGGAGCGAUUGCGGGCGGAGGAGGGGAGGAACGAGGGUACGAGGGAGGAAGGAGACGGGAUGUGCAGCUCUCCACAGGUGGAGACUUCUUCCUUGUUUCGACCAUCCAGGUUCGAGUCUUGCAUCAUGGCCGCCGACAAUAAACCUCUGGAGAUGUCCGUGCUGAAAAGAGUGAAAGAGCUGCUGGCUGAAGUGGAUGCAAGGACGACAGCUAAACACAUCACCUUGGUGGACUGUACGAUUGCAAGAAUACUGGGUGUCAACCCGGAGAUGCAAAGGAUUAUGGGAGUGUCCUCAGGCUUGGAGUUACUCACGCUACCUCAUGGACACCAGCUGAGACUUGACCUACUGGAGAGGUUCUACACCAUGUCCAUUAUGAUGGCCGUGGACCUGCUGGGCUGCACUGGGAACACCGAGGAGCGGGCGGCCCUGCUUCAUAAGACCAUCCAGUUGGCGGCUGAGCUGAAGAGCAAUCUGGGUAACAUGUUUGGCUUCGCUGCAGUGAUGAGGGCCUUGGAGCUGCCACAGAUCUCCCGCCUGGAACAGACGUGGGUGACGUUACGCCAGAGACAUACGGAAGGUGCCAUUCUCUAUGAGAAGAAGCUCAAACCAUUCCUGAAAAAUUUGAACGAUGGCAAAGAGUCUAAUGUAGUGUCAAGUACCACUUUCCCACACAUCAUCCCCGUCUUGUCUUUGCUGGAACGAGGCCUGGCCCUCGGGGAGGUCCUGGAGCCAUGGGAGAGUGCGGAGGUAGGCGUCGACGUGGUCAUGCACCACCUGGAGGCGGCUCGAACCGUGGCACACCACGGGGGCGUGUACAGGACCAACGUGGAGAGCAAAUUGCAGGGGUUCCGGGCGCAAGCCGACAUCCAGGAAAUCUUCCAGACGGAGUUCCAGAUGCGUCUGCUGUGGGGCAGCCGCGGCUCUGAGGGCAGCCAGCCAGAGCGCUACGAGAAGUUCGACAAGGUCCUCACCGCCCUCUCGCACAAGCUCGAGCCACCGGUGCGCCACAGCGAGCUAUAGCGACGACAGUCACGUCAAAGACAUUUUGCAUCUGCACUUACCGCUCCCGAGUGAGUGGUCUUGUCUUGCAUGGCCAAAAAAGAGGGACACGGAGUUGUGCGGGUGAACCACCGUGAGUGGAAAGGCAGCUAAUAGUACGGCGGGAUGUCACUUGCUACACAACGUGACCUCAAUGAUCCCUAAAAAAGAAGUGACCAGAUGACUACAGUGUCGCCUGAGGCUCGAGCUGCAAUUUGACUUUGCUCCACUCAUACACAGAUGCUUCCCUGAUGUCUCACACUGUCGUAGAAAUGACUGCAAACAUCCUAAUUAGAUCAUAAUGUACAUGUCUGUGUGUGUGAGUGUGAAGAUCAUGUGAACAUUCCUCUAUUUCUUAUUUAUUUUGUAAAGGAUUUCCAUCCAUUCAGGGCAUUCAGCUUCUCAAACUUCAUGGCAGCCAGGUAGGAAGGAAGCUCAUUCAAGAUGGAGCAAUCCCGUAAAGUAGGUUUCGGUCACUUAUUAAUUUAUUCAUCCCAAAUGAAGACGUAAAAGUGAAGGCUCUGAGGAUUAUUCCAAACAAGCUCGGGGCUGUGCACGAAAUAUUGCUAAAAGCAGUGUGAAGUGAGGCAAGGUUGCUUUAAACCCACCAUGUGAUGUGCUGUACGAUUGAUUUACAACAUAGUUUCAUGGGAACACCAAAGAUUUGGUAAAUGAACGAUUAUUUAUUAUUUUAUUUCUUCACAGAUUGGGAGGUUAUUACUGUAUGUUCUGAGCUCUUUUGUCAAUGCCAUUUUUUGUACGUGAGAAAUGGGAAAAUUGACACUGCCUUCAAUAGUCCUUUUCAUUUUGCCCAAACAAGAAAAAGGAUUAAAUAAUGGAUUGUAAUGCCCAUCGUUAAAAAAAGGAUGACAAUUUCUUAUGUCGUUGUUCCAAAUUGUUUCAAAUUAACUUUCUGGAAAAAAAUCCCAAGGGUGGACAACCAUUUCUGCUGAAAGACGCAAUUUGAACCUACUUACUACAAAAAAAAAUCCACUGCCAGCAACUAAAUUGAAGGGAAAAUGGAAGUAAUCAUGCAUAAAGAUUGUUUAUUUUUAUACCCUUUAUGCUAAGGGUUACACUACUAUUGUUUCGCAGGAAAAAACCAAAGUGUGUUUUCUAGGGAUACAGAGCUGUACAGGCCAGGCAAAAAAAAAAAACAAAGACAUCCCUUCUUCACCCGGUAGGGGGCAUCCUUCAUUUACACAAGCUCAUCAGUCCUAAUACAACCUACGGUACUGUGUAUGUUUGAAGCCUACUGGUUUAGGUCUGUCAUCUACUCACUGAUAAUGGAAGAUGUUUCUGUUCAUUCUUGUUUUGGAUUGUUAACAUGACACUCUGAGGACAGGGUGGAAGGCAAAUGGACAAGAUGAAGAUUUUUGUUGUAUUUGCGUUGUUUUUUUUCUACAUAAUGUAAAUAGUAAUUCACUCUUUUUCCAGUAAAAUGAUUGCUUGUGUCACAAACACUGCCUUUGAUUUCAAUUCAAUCGACAGACAAGAAUAACUUUGACACGAAAACAAUUUGAACACUCCUCCCCCCUAUCCAAAGACUUUCCCCAAUCAAGAUGACAACAAGAGUAGGAGCCCCACCAAUUACAACAGUUUGA